UUACACACACGGAGACAGACAACUAUUAUUCUAGAUAUUCACUUUAUUCCUUUCCACAUAUAGCAUAUCUAUCUUUUCCUCUAAUCUCUCUCCAUCUUUCUUUAUAUUCUCUGCCACUCAACAAUACACUGUCUACAACCACAAAAUCUAUUUUUUGAAACCUAAAUCAGGCAAGACCCAUUUCUUCCUUAUAUCUUCUCCUUAUUUCACGUUCUAUGUAAAAUCAAAUAAACCCCAUUUGUAGACUAAUCACCUGUGCUUGCCUAGAUUGACAUUAAUUCAAUGUAGAAAGAGGCUGAGUAUUAAACGAUUGAUGAAGAGAUUUUCAGAUAGAUUUUGUGAUUGGUAAUUCUGUUUUUUGUGAUUGAUAAUUCCGAAUUUAUCUCAAUAACAGAAUUGCCACUAUCACAUAUUGAUUGACUCACUUGAUGGAUCAUUUUCUACUUAGUCUCCUUGUUACUCUCUCUGUUUCUUUAGGGAAAUAUGCAAGCAAAGCUGCUGAUGACGGUAGCUUUGAUCAGAACUACUACGUUGCAUGGGGAUCAAACCAUUUCACUCUUCUUGACCAGGGAAAAACAGCUCAACUUUUAGUUGAUCCGUCUUCAGGAGCAGGAUUUAGUUCAAAGCAAGAAUAUGGCUCGGGAUAUUUUGGAAUGAGGAUGAAGAUACCAAACAAGAGCUCAAAAGGACUUAUCACAACUUUUUAUUUAACUUCUAAGCCAGUUAAUCAACCGACCGCUAAUUAUCAUGAUGAGAUUGAUUUUGAAUUCUUGGGUAACAAUACAAUGCCUUAUACAAUACAUACGAAUGUAUAUGCGAAGGAUAAUGGUGGAAGGGAGCAAGAAUUUCAUCUCUGGUUUGACCCUACUCAGGAUUUUCAUAACUAUGAAAUUCUAUGGAACCAACAUCAAAUAGCGUUCUUUGUAGACCAAGUCCCUAUCAGAGUGUUCAAGAACAAGACAAAUGUGAAUUUCCCAUCACACUCCAUGCAUAUAGAGGCAAGCUUAUGGAAUGCAAAAGAUUGGCAAGGAGACGUGAAUUGGAGCGAAGGACCAUUCACAGCCUUGUACCAAAGUUUCCGAAUCAAUGGGUGCCCCUAUCAGAGCUCGAACCCUCAGCAGUGUUACUCUUCCAAGUUGCCUUGGAAUGGGAAGAAAAAAUGGCAACUCAACCGUGCGCAACAAGCAAAACUUGAAGAAGUUAGAAAGAAGUACAUGUUUUAUGAUUAUUGUUAUCAAAGGGGCCAAAAUUAUCCAGAAUGCUCAAGUUAGCAACCAGCAAUUGACUCACAUGGUGGGAAUUAUUAAUAAGACAAAUAACACAGCCCAUGCUGGAUUAGUUUGGUUGCUCUUUCUUUUUGGUCGUCAUCAUGUAAUUAACAAUGGUUAAUUAUAUGGUACUAUCAAUAAAACAACAUUUCAGUG